UGUACUUUGACUGACCUUGCGAAGUCUUGAAGUUGGGAAGUCUAUUAGCCACAGAAAUUCUGUACAUAUAACCUGACAGCAAGUCAAGUGAGAAGACCAGUGCAGGAAGUUCUGGGGAGAAAUGGCUUUCCAUAACCGUCUGAGUUGUGCGCAGAAAAUAUUACUGGCUAUUUUCUGUUUUCCGCUGCUUCCUUUCUACCUGUGCUAUGCAUACUGCUGUGCAACUGGUGAUGAAGAUGAAAAAGAUAAUGAAAUAAAAGAGGAACACAAAUUAAAGCACACAGUGAAGGCCCGUGAAGAUGGCCAGAGGGAUAUAGAGCAUCAGGAGGAGGCUGUAGAAAAUGGAGACAGCAGGAAAAGCGUAGUAACAGUGGAGAUUCACCCAGAGAAAAAUUCACGGAAGUUGCCCGCAAGAUUUUCCUUUGGUAAAGGAAAAGACGUCAGAAGGAAUGACAUUGUGUAUAAAAAUGAUGCUGCAGUUGAUAUCCAACCAAAACGAAGUUCUGUUCAGAGAGAGCAUCAGGAGGAGGCUGUAGAGAAUGGAGACAGCAGGAAAAGCGUAGUAACAGUGGAGAUUCACCCAGAGAAAAAUUCACGGAAGUCGCCCGCAAGAUUUUCCUUUGGUAAAGGAAAAGAAGUCAAAAGGAAUGACAUUGUGUAUAAAAAUGAGGGUUUUGUUGAUGCUGACAAAAAAAAAGAGAUUAUUCGAAAAAAUGAAUACGCUUACCCAUGGGACAAGUCCAGCCUCAAGUCAAUGGACAUAGAUUUGGGUAAACUGAAAAAACUUGACGCCUAUUCAAGUAAGGUGAGGCCCAGGGACACGGUGCAGGCCCUGGUGCAGGAGCUGCAGAAGGGAGCCAGCAGUGACCUGGAGAAACUGAGGGCGAUCUGGAUGUGGGUCACGCACCACAUCGAGUACGAUGUGGAAGGACUGCGUAACCCCGGCCUCAGAACGGGCAACGCUGACGAUGUGUUAAAGUCAGGGAAGGGAGUGUGUGCAGGCUACGCUGGCCUGUUUCAGGAAAUGUGCAGAGUUGCAGGCAUUGAGUGUGAGACGGUGUCCGGGCACUCCAAGGGUGCGGGGUACACGUUGGGUAAACGCUUCAGUGGAGACGGUGACCACGCGUGGAACGCCGUCAGACUGGGAGGACGCUGGCACCUCCUGGACAGCACGUGGGGAGCUGGGACUGCCGAUGAAAAAUUCACAUUCCGAUACAACGAGUUCUACUUCCUGACUCAUCCCGCUCUCUUUGCUGGAGACCAUUUCCCGGAGGACGCCAAAUGGCAGAUGCUGGCACCUCGUCUUUCCCUGAAGCAGUAUGAGAACAUGGGCCAUAGGAAGAGCGCAUUUUAUAAUUUAGGCCUCCUCUCUGCAGAACCAACAGAAUUUCUCAUAAAGUCAGAUGGAAAGACAACAAUAACAGUCCAGAGUUCUUCACCUAUGCUCUUUCUGCACGACUUGAAUGGGAAACGUGAGUGCGGGAUAAUGACACUCAAGCCAUACGGAAUGAAUCUGGACGUCUACCCCGAAAGCACCGGACUGCACACCUUAGAAAUCUACGCAAAGGCCGGAGAUGCUGCGGAAAAGGAGAACUACAGCCUGGUGUGCAGCUACCAGCUGCAGUGCCGAGCCGUCUCCAGGGAGAUGAGGCCCCCGGCGGACCUGGACAACCCCGUGGGGCCCGGCUGGCACUCGGAGAGGAAGGGGCUCCACGAGCCCUCGCAGCGAGAUCCCGUGGUCCUCACGGCGGACGGCCGCUGCUCGUUCGGGUUCCGCGUGGCGCGGGGCCGGGAGCUCAUGGCCAAGCUGUCCGCGGCCGGCUUCUCCAUGACGGACGAGCAGCAGCGGCGGCACGUCUUCCUGUCCCGGCGAGAGGACCGGACGGACUUCAAAGUGCAGGUGCCCAGGGCGGGCCUGUACGUGCUCAAGGUGUACGCCAAGGAGCGGGCGGAGGCGGGGAGUUACGGCUACGUCUGCAACUACCUCAUCUCCUGCGCCGACCCCCGGGUGCGCUGGCCCGUGUACCCGCUGAGGUACGCCUCCUGGGAGAGCGAAUACGAGCUGGUGGAGCCGCUCGCCGGCGUGCUCCCGGCCAAUCGCACGGUCCGGUUCAGGAUGAGGAUCCCCCGCGUGUCGCUGGUGGCGGUGGGAGGCGGCGGCGACACGCGUGACCUACGCCUGGACGCAGACGGGUACUGGACCGGCAGCUUCAACACGGCGGGGUGCACAGACGUCAACGUCAUGAUAAAAGUCAAUCCCAACGACAAAUCACGCUCCUUUGUUCUGAAUUACCAAGUGGAGACCUAG